AGUGUCCCCCUUUUGAGGACUGAACUACCCGAUAACGUAAUCCCCCUUCUCUGCCUUUGAUACUUUUUCUCAUUUAAAAAACAGCAGUGAGUACAAUCAAGUGUAUGAAAAUAAAAUGCACUUUUUGUGCACAAUGAACUAAUGGGAUCAACAUAGUCCCCUUAAAAAUCUCCUCAGUCCUGCCUAAUACUUUUUAUAAUACAUUGUUAGGAAAAUUUAAAUAUAUAUGUAAUCUUUUUUCCUAAAUUUACAUAUGUAUUGGUAUUAAGUUGUAUUCUUAAUUAUUGCGUGCACUUUAUAUUUCCUAAUGUGCUCUGCAGUGCAGGCACGAUUGUUACUAAAGCCAUCUUGAUACUCAGCAAUCUGGCAUUCAGUUUGCUAAUCGCAGAUGAAGAUACAUGAAGAAGCAAGAGAUGAGAUAACAAGAUACUAUCCUAAAUGGUGGAUGAUUAAUAGAAGUGUCCUUACAGAGGAAAAAUUGGCAUUUGUAUUAUACUGAUAAGUGCUUCACCCAGUGCAUGAUGAAUUGUUUAUGGGGUGUUUUUUUUAGUCAUAGUGACUUUUGUUCAAUCAUAGUGAUAGAAAUGUAGCCGUGUUAGUCUGGGGUAGUUGAAGCAAAAUGCAGGACAAUGUAGCACUUUAAAGACUAACAAGAUGGUUUAUUAGAUGAUGAGCUUUCGUGGGCCAGACCCACUUCCUCAGAUCAAAAAAUCCCACUUCCUCAGAUCAUUUUGUUCAAUCAGUUAUUGAUAGAAUUGCCUAAGCUUACAGAAGAAACAGCUUCUUGAUCUUGGCUCUCCUACAUCAGCAUAAAUCUGUUGACGUCAGCUGAGGGAGCUGCAUUGUUUUUUGUUUUGUUUGUUGUUUUUGUACUGGUGCAAGUGAGAUCAGAAUAAAGUAUAAAGAUCUUUCUGCAGUGGCAGCCACUAGACUGAUACAGUAGCAACAGGGAUAUUUUAAAUGCGGAGGAUGAAGCAAAGGAAUGACAUCAUAUGUAGAACUACACUGGGAAUUAUGAAGGUGAUUAAACACUCUGAGCAGGCCCUGAAGACAGCUUUGAUCUCCAAGAACAUGAAGCUUGUGAAGCUGUAUGAGAAUCUUGAAUCUAGAGAGAAGAGUUUGCUGAAUGAAGCAUUUCAGCCAGACAGUGUACUUUUCAGACCCAUCACACUGCAUUCAGAGUCAGACUGGAUCUCUUCACACCCGGAGCCCACCCAGGACUUUGAACAGUUUUAUAAUGAUCCUUACAGAAGCAGACCAACAUCUGAGAAAAGUACCAUUUAUGUACAGCCAAUUGGUUCUUUUGGGGACACCAAAGUUAGCACGGAGGAUUAUAUGAAAUGGUUGAAGGAUUACUGUGAAGCCUUUUACUAUAGCCUAACUGUAAAAAUCCUGGAGCCAGUUCCUGUUUCACACACAGGUUGUGCUUUUCGAGUGAACGAGUAUACAUGCAAUCUACAGAUUCAUGCAGGGGACAUCUUGAAAUACUUAAAGAAAAAAAAGCCCAGAGAUGCUUUCUGUAUUGUUGGGAUAACAAUGAUAGAUCUUUAUCCAAGGGAAUCCUGGAAUUUUGUCUUUGGACAAGCCUCUUUGACAGAAGGAAUGGGGAUCUUCAGCUUUGCCAGAUAUGACAGUGACUUUUAUAGUGCAAGCUACAAAGGCAGACUGAAGAAAGUCAAGAAGCUUCCCUCCUCAGACUAUUCAGUUUUUGAUGGCUAUUAUACGCCUGCAGUCACCAGUGUGCUGCUUCUGAGGUCAUGCAAGACCCUGACCCAUGAGAUUGGACACAUCUUUGGACUCCGUCACUGUCAGUGGCUGCAGUGUGUGAUGCAGGGUUCCAAUCAUCUGGAGGAAUCAGACCGACGCCCGUUGGACCUGUGUCCAAUUUGUCUGCGCAAGUUGCAGUCUGCCAUUGGCUUUCACCUUGUGGAGAGAUACCAGGCGUUACUGGAGUGGAUGGAUGAAGAUGGGAAUGGAAUGGAAGCUGAACUCCGCAAUGAAGCCAAGAUGGGUUUGCUGAAACCCAUAGAAGCAUUUAAGGAGUGUCGAGAGUGGGUAUUAAAAUGUCUUGAUGUCCUGCAGAAAUAAAGCUGUAGGAUGUAUGUAGUAUCAAAGGGGAACUAUUCUCCUCUGUUUAAAGAUUAACUUCCAGGUUGACCAUUUCUAAAACUGUUGUAACUUGCUAUAGGUCAUCCACUGCAUUGUAAGGAUCUGUAAUAAAAAUCCAUCCCUUUGUUGCUGAACCAUU